AUGGCUCAUGCCUGUGCCCCCCAUUUUCUGUGGCCCUACGCGGUUCGGUACGCCGCUCACCAGCUGAACCUCUGGCCACGUGUCUCUCGGCCAGAGGUUUCACCGACCAAGUUCGUCCCCUACUACGUCAGGUACCCCUGUCGAGGUCUCCCGGUUCCUCCCCCCCCCUCUCUUCCUGACUUCCGCCCCCUCUCCUUCUCCCCCGGUACAGCCUCCCCCCACUGGUCCAGCCCCGUCAAGUGUUUCCCACGCUAUCCCUCCCCCUUGGUGGCCCCUCAGGUGCAGUCUCCUUCCCCGCAGUCCUCACCGCAGCCUAUUGCAGACCCUGUGGAGGGCGGUGUUCAUGGCGAGGACCCUGGGGGUGCUGGCUCUAGCGGAGUUGGAGUUGGUAUUAAGGGCGUUCGUGUGCCGGGUCCUGGUUCUGGGGGUGCUGGAGUUGGAGCUGAGCCCGUGCCUGCAAGAGGCUCUUGUCUUCCGAGACCUGGUGUUGGUCGAGCUGACUCCGAGGGUACUACGACUGGGGGUGCGGGUGCGCCCUUUGCGGGCCCUGGCGAGUCUGGCCGUGUUGUUGUUGGUGGUGCUGGCUCUUGGGGUGACGCGUCUCGUGCUUUGGAGAGCAGUCCUGGGGCUACCGUGGCCCCGGACACUACUCCUCCUCCCCACCCCUACCCGACUAGGCACCAGGCUCGUGUUCGCCGUGCCCGUGAGGAGCAACUGGAGUUGGAGAGAGAGGCGAGAGAGACGGAGCAGCAGCUACUGGCGCUCCAGCGGCUGGAGGAGCAACAACAGCAGCAGGAGCAGCAGCAGCAGCCGCAGCAGCAGGAGCAGCAGCAGCAGAAACAGCAGGAGGAGCGGUCGCAGCCGUAG